AUGGUUGAAAAUAUAAUGUAUGUAAAAAAUAAUAAAAGAGAUGAAGUAUACAGGGAAAUGGAAAGAGUAAUUGAAGAAGAUAGAAAAAAUUACAAAUAUACAAUUGAUAAUCUUCAAAUAUAUGCUCAAGCAAUCCAACCUCAUUUUACAAUGUGGGUAAAUUCAUUGUUAAUCAAAAAAAUUGGUGGUCAAUUAACUGAAGAAAAUUGUAAGGAUGAAAUGUUUGGUCUUAGUGGUGAAGGUAAUCAUUCAAUUUUAUGUUUGGAUUAUUUUUCUCAAUUGGGGGAAUACAAAUUACAUCAUUAUUCAGAAGGUUAUAGAAUAGCAAAAAAAGUCUACAAUCAUAUUAAUAGACCAAUGGUAAUUUUAUCAUUUUUAAUUGUAAAUGAAUUAGCAGCUGGAUUUUUAAAAGAUCUUGAAAAUGAAUUAUCAAAAAUUGGUGUUAAAGAUACCACAUACAUUGAUAUUCAUAAUGAAGCUGAUUCAGUAGAUUCUGAAAAUGGUCAUGGUAUCAAAUUAUUAAAUGUUUUGGAAAAAGAAAAUUCAAAUGUUGAUGAUAUCAAUCUUGGUAUUCAAUUAUACAGAGACUUUUAUAAUGAAAUUUUCUGUUAA